AUGAUUAUUCGUUCGCCGGAACCAGAAGUAAAAAUUUUGGUAGAUAGGGAUCCCGUAAAAACUUCGUUUGAGGCAUGGGCCAAACCUGGUCAUUUUUCAAGAACAAUAGCUAAGGGCCCUGAAACUACUACAUGGAUCUGGAACCUACAUGCUGAUGCUCACGAUUUCGAUAGCCAUACCAGCGAUUUGGAGGAGAUCUCCCGAAAAAUUUUUAGUGCCCAUUUCGGUCAACUCUCCAUCAUCUUUCUUUGGCUGAGUGGUAUGUAUUUCCACGGUGCCCGUUUUUCCAAUUAUGAAGCAUGGCUAAGCGAUCCUACUCACAUUGGACCUAGUGCCCAAGUAGUUUGGCCGAUAGUGGGUCAAGAAAUAUUGAAUGGUGAUGUAGGGGGAGGUUUCCGAGGAAUACAAAUAACCUCUGGGUUUUUUCAAAUUUGGCGAGCAUCUGGAAUAACUAGUGAAUUACAACUUUAUUGUACCGCAAUUGGUGCAUUGGUCUUUGCAGCAUUAAUGCUUUUUGCUGGUUGGUUCCAUUAUCACAAAGCGGCUCCAAAAUUAGCUUGGUUCCAAGAUGUGGAAUCUAUGUUGAAUCACCAUUUAGCAGGACUACUAGGACUUGGGUCUCUUUCUUGGGCGGGUCAUCAAAUCCAUGUAUCUUUACCGAUUAACCAAUUUCUAAAUGCUGGAGUAGAUCCUAAAGAGAUACCGCUUCCUCAUGAAUUAAUCUUGAAUCGGGAUCUUUUGGCUCAACUUUAUCCCAGUUUUGCCGAAGGAGCAACCCCGUUUUUCACUUUGAAUUGGUCAAAAUAUGCGGACUUUCUUACUUUUCGUGGAGGGUUAGACCCAGUAACUGGAGGUCUGUGGCUGACCGAUACUGCACACCAUCAUUUAGCUAUUGCAAUUCUUUUCCUGAUAGCGGGUCAUAUGUAUAGAACGAACUGGGGCAUUGGGCAUGGUCUAAAAGAUAUUUUAGAGGCUCAUAAAGGUCCAUUUACGGGCCAGGGACAUAAAGGCUUAUAUGAGAUCUUAACAACGUCAUGGCAUGCUCAAUUAGCUCUUAACCUAGCUAUGUUAGGUUCUUUAACCAUCGUUGUAGCUCAUCAUAUGUAUGCGAUGCCCCCUUAUCCAUAUCUAGCUACUGACUAUGGUACCCAACUUUCAUUGUUUACACAUCACAUGUGGAUUGGUGGAUUUCUCAUAGUUGGUGCUGCUGCGCAUGCGGCCAUUUUUAUGGUAAGAGACUAUGAUCCAACUACUCGAUACAACGACCUAUUAGAUCGGGUUCUUAGACAUCGCGAUGCAAUCAUAUCACAUCUUAACUGGGCAUGUAUAUUUCUAGGAUUUCACAGUUUUGGUUUAUAUAUUCAUAAUGAUACCAUGAGUGCUUUAGGGCGUCCUCAAGAUAUGUUUUCAGAUACCGCUAUACAAUUACAACCUGUCUUCGCUCAAUGGAUACAAAACACCCAUGCUUUAGCGCCUAGUGCAACGGCUCCGGGUGCAACAGCAAGCACCAGUUUGACUUGGGGAGGUAGUGAUUUAGUAGCAGUGGGUGGAAAAGUAGCCUUGUUACCCAUUCCACUAGGGACCGCAGAUUUUUUAGUCCACCACAUUCAUGCUUUUACAAUUCAUGUGACGGUACUAAUACUUCUAAAAGGCGUUCUAUUUGCUCGUAGCUCUCGUUUGAUACCGGAUAAAGCAAAUCUUGGGUUUCGCUUCCCUUGUGAUGGACCUGGAAGAGGGGGAACAUGCCAAGUAUCCGCGUGGGAUCAUGUAUUCUUAGGGCUAUUCUGGAUGUACAACUCAAUUUCGGUAGUAAUAUUUCAUUUCAGUUGGAAAAUGCAGUCAGAUGUUUGGGGUAGUAUAAGCGAUCAAGGGGUGGUAACUCAUAUCACUGGAGGAAACUUUGCGCAAAGUUCUAUUACUAUUAAUGGGUGGCUACGUGAUUUCUUAUGGGCGCAAGCAUCCCAGGUAAUUCAGUCUUACGGUUCUUCAUUAUCUGCAUAUGGUCUCUUUUUCCUAGGUGCUCAUUUUGUAUGGGCUUUUAGUUUAAUGUUUUUAUUUAGCGGGCGUGGUUAUUGGCAAGAACUUAUUGAAUCCAUCGUUUGGGCUCAUAAUAAAUUAAAAGUUGCUCCUGCUACUCAGCCUAGAGCCUUGAGCAUUGUACAAGGACGUGCUGUAGGAGUAACCCAUUACCUUCUGGGUGGAAUUGCCACAACAUGGGCGUUCUUCUUAGCAAGAAUUAUUGCAGUAGGAUAA